AUGCCGCUGCUGCUCCGCUCGCUGAUGCUCGGCUUGCUCACGCUGCUCGUGGUGGUCCUGAUCAUUGACGAUAUCGCAGAAGUGGAAGAAGAAACUGCGAACACUGGACGUUCAAAGAAGACGAGCUUGCAGAGGCUUGUGCCUAAACCACACACAAGAAAGACUCCAGUACACGUGGAUCCAACCGCUCUGACAAGAUUGAGCACAGAAACAAAUCAUCUUCAUCGUCCGAGCUCCAAUACGAGCACCAAGCUCUCGUCAAACAGCUGGACCUUCAACAAGACGCUCUCCAACCUCAUCAGGAAGAACAUUCUGAGAUUUCUCGAUCCAGAGAGAGACAUCUCCAUUCUGAAAGGCACUCUGAAGCCUGGAGACAUCAUCCACUAUGUCUUCGAUCGCCACAGCACAACCAACAUCUCAGAGAACCUCUACCGACUUCUGCCGACUGUUUCCCCCAUGAAGAACCAGCAUCACAGGCGCUGCGCCAUCGUGGGCAAUUCGGGGGUCCUGCUGAACAGCAGCUGCGGACAGGAGAUCGACUCUCACGACUUCGUCAUCAGGUGUAACCUGGCCCCAGUGGAGGAAUACUCCUGGGACGUGGGGACCCGGACCAACCUGGUGACCAUGAACCCGUCGGUGGUGCAGCGGGCCUUCCAGGACCUGGUCAGUGAUGAGUGGAGGGAUCGCUUCCUGCAGCGGCUUCAGAGCCUCAGCGGCAGCGUGCUGUGGAUCCCGGCGUUCAUGGCCAAGGGGGGAGAGGAGCGCGUAGAGUGGGCUCUCCGUCUCAUCCUGCUUCACACUGUGGACGUCCGCACCGCCUUCCCCUCACUGCGCCUCCUCCACGCUGUCAGAGGGUAUUGGCUGACCAACAACGUCCACAUCAAGCGUCCGACCACCGGCCUCCUCAUGUACACGAUGGCCACUCGCUUCUGUGACGAGAUCCAUCUCUACGGCUUCUGGCCGUUUGCGCUCGACCCGCAGGGCAAACCGGUCAAAUACCACUACUACGACACUCUGAAGUACGAGUACACAUCCAGGUCCAGUCCACACACCAUGCCUCUGGAGUUCAGGACCCUGAACGCAUUGCACAGACAGGGGGCGCUCCGGCUCCACACUGGGACCUGCGACGCUGAGCCCAAACCACAGAAGGAGCUUCAGAGCCUGUAG